AUGGUAUUUCUCCGCUCCCUGUCCCGUCCUCUGCGACGGCCUGCUUCCCAAUUUGUUUAUGGCCUGUCGAAGCCUGCUGCCCGCACCCCUUGGGUGCGGGCCUCACCUUUGGCCGGCGCUUUUGCCAAUGCUCGUACGCUAACCGCGUCUGCCAACCUUCAGGGUAAAGUUCUUCUGGUUCUCUACGAUGGUGGCGUGCACGCCAAGGAUCAGCCCAUGCUGCUGGGCACCACCGAGAAUGAGCUCGGAAUCCGCAAGUGGCUCGAGGAUGCCGGCCACACCUUGGUCACCACCUCCGACAAGGAAGGCGAGAACUCGACUUUCGACAAGGAGCUGGUCGAUGCCGAGGUGAUCAUCACGACUCCCUUCCACCCCGGCUACCUGACUGCCGAGCGUCUGGCCAAGGCCAAGAAGCUGAAGCUGGCAAUCACGGCCGGUAUUGGCUCGGACCACGUCGAUCUGAAUGCCGCCAACAAGACCAACGGCGGCAUCACCGUCGCCGAGGUCACGGGCUCCAACGUCGUGUCCGUCGCCGAGCACGUCGUCAUGACCAUCCUCGUCCUGGUGCGCAACUUUGUGCCCGCGCACGAGCAGAUCCGCCGUGGUGACUGGGACGUCGCGGCUGCGGCCAAGAACGAGUUCGACCUCGAGGGCAAAGUCGUCGGCACUGUUGCCGUCGGCCGUAUCGGUGAGCGUGUGCUCCGCCGUCUGAAGCCCUUCGACUGCAAGGAGCUGCUCUACUACGACUACCAGCCUCUCUCACCUGAGGCAGAGAAGGAGAUUGGCUGCCGUCGCGUUGAGAACCUCGAGGAGAUGCUCGCGCAGUGUGAUGUCGUCACCAUCAACUGCCCUCUGCACGAGAAGACCCGCGGUCUGUUCAACAAGGACCUGAUUUCCAAGAUGAAGCCUGGCUCCUGGCUCGUCAACACCGCCCGCGGCGCCAUCGUCGUCAAGGAGGACGUCGCCGAGGCCGUGAAGUCCGGCCACCUCCGCGGUUACGGCGGUGAUGUCUGGUUCCCCCAGCCCGCGCCCAAGGACCACCCGCUCCGCUACGCCCAGCACCCGUGGGGCGGCGGCAACGCCAUGGUGCCGCACAUGUCCGGCACCUCGCUCGACGCCCAGGUGCGCUACGCCAACGGCACCAAGGCCAUCCUCGACAGCUACUUCUCCGGUCGUGAGGACUACCGCCCGGAGGACCUGAUCGUCCACAAGGGUGACUAUGUCACCAAGGCGUACGGCCAGCGCAAGUAA